GGAGAUGUCACCUCGAAGAAGAUCUAUUGGUAAAGGCACCGAGUUGAAAAGACCGUCUCAGUUAAUAGCGGAAGUGCAGGCUGGUGGGGCGACACCACAGGCUCCUAUCUAUGCGACUAUAAGACCUUCGCAGUCUCCACAAACUCGUUAUUCAUCCUCUAACCGAGCUUCUUUAAGUUCUUUACCCGCGGCUCUCGAAUCCACACCGCUAGUCAAAAAUGUAGUAUCUAACGAGGAACCGAUUAGAUUCCAUCCAACAAACCCAUUUUAUACGACUUUACCUUCAAAUUACUCGAGUGCUUCCAAACUGCCCGUACCAAACGGUAGAGCGUCAUACACUCUCGAUAGAAGUAAGAAUAAAGAUACGCCGUCGUGCAACGAUUACGAUUCAGACUUAAAGUCGCCUACGUUUUUUACGAAAACAUCCGAUUCUAAUCACAGUAGUCUUCCAUAUUCUCAUUACAAAAGUUCAGAAAGGUAAAUGGACACGAAACUGGCGCUGCGAAGUUCGUCAACGAUAGACAUAACUAUUAUACUCAUGAUAGCAAAUUACAUGAUUUAAAUAAUCAAAGUCUUCCAAGUGAUACGAAAAAUCCUUUUGAAACUAAAAGAAAUAGCGAUCCAUUUGAAAAAUAUCUACGACCUGAAAGUAAGUUGAACGGUCGAUGUGAUUAUGAUGGAAAAACUAUACCAAUUUCGAUGAGCGAUAGUAAUUUUCACACCAAAGAGGAAAUUACAAAGCGCUCCAUGGUUACUGAACACAAGAUUAAUGAGAUCGAAGAAGUUAAGACUAUUAAGAAAAUAGUGUUGAAUGGAUAUGAGAGUGCGAAUGACAGUCAUCACGAACAGAAUGUAAAAACUUCUUCGGAGAAUAAAAAUAAAGCUGAAUUUGACUCGCAACGCUCAAAACAUAUUGAUGAUUUUAAGCCUGUUCACCAAUCUUCAUCCAAGAGAGAACGAAUGCUCCUUACACCUACAACACGAGGAAACUCUUAUUUUAAUUCAACGUUUACCAGCCCAGAGAAAGGGGCAUGCACUUCACCAAACAACGUGUAUCAAACCAUGACAGGAGAAUACAAAAUCAAUUCAGUUGAGACUCGGAAAGUGGCACAGGAAGGAGCAGAUCGUUACAGGGGCUUAAUUCAGAUACGACACGAAUUUAUAUCGAUUACUUUCAUCGUCACGUCUCCCAUGAGCAAACUUCAUAAAAUGUCCUACGUGUUAGGAAAUAUAUUACUUACUUUUACAUGUUAAAGCUAAUUUAUUUUCUCUUAAAUGCUACAUAGAGUGGUAUUUACUUUGGCUGGACUUAGAACCAUAUUAUUUCUUGAUAAUAUUUUCCAACGUACGAUUAAAUGUAUGAAAAUAAU